CAUCCUUGAUAUCAUAACCUCAAAUCUCAAAGACUUUGGAAAAGGAGCAAACUAGACAUCGAACGAUACAGCAAUAUAUUUUGGGAUCAGCCAUGGGUGUUCUUGGGGCGAUCGCUAAACAUUUGGAUGCUUUAAUCGGGCCAGGAGCAAUGCUUGUCUAUCCUUUAUAUGCAUCAAUUCGAGCAAUCGAGAGCCCCUCAUCACUAGACGAUCAGCAAUGGCUAACAUAUUGGGUCUUAUAUUCUUUCAUUACACUAUUUGAGCUUUCUUGUUGGAAGGUCCUCGUUUGGGUUCCAAUUUGGCCGUACAUGAAGCUUUUGUUUUGCAUGUGGUUGGUGUUGCCGAUUUUCAAUGGGGCAGCAUAUAUUUACGGAAAUAUUGUGAGGAAAUAUGUAAAGAUUGGGGGUUAUAUGAGCUCCAAUUAUCCAGAAAGUCAAAGAAAAGUCCUCGAGAUGAUGAGCCUUGAUGCAAGGAAAUCUGUUGAACGUUACAUCGAUAGAUAUGGACCUGAUGCUUUUGAUAGAGUCAUCAAAGCGGCGGAAAAAGAAGCGAGGAAGCAAUGAGCCAUUGACAACUGAGAAAUCUGUUGAUCGGCAAAUGGAAAACACGAAUGAUUAAUAUUGCUUCCAAGGGAGAAAACGAACUAUGCAUGCUGCAGAAAAUAAAUAAUACGUGGUAGUCUUGUUGUAUAGCUUGUGAUCAUGACUUGUGAAGAUGGAAAACUAAGAGAAAAAAAAAAAUUUCUGUGUCCACUAAUAUUUUAACACAAAAUUAUCUAGCAAUGUUUAAGUUUUAUAUUGAUCAAUAACAAC